CCCCACCCUCCUCGUCCUCUCCCUCCCUCUACAUAGUGGAGCUGCGGAGUGUUAUCCUCCUUCUCUCGUUCACAGUAAUGUCUGACAGGACACAAGGCAGGAUAUAGCUGAAGAUUAGAGGACACAGGAUCCGGGGGGAGCCGCACUGCAGUGGUCGGGGAUCAGGGGGAGGACGGUUCUGUGACUUCCCCGGCCAAGGACCCUGCCCUUCCUCUAGCUGAUCCCGGAGCAGCCAUGGAGCACCCACAAGGCCCACUCCACCAUGUCCCUCUCCAUGCAGUCUUCAAGGGUCACAUCCACAUCAAUUACUAGAAGUCAAUCAUUUGCCGGUGUUAACUCAAAUUACGAAAAGACCAGACAUCGUCAGCCCUUCCAUACUCCCACAGUUUCUCGAAGGUCUGGAUCCAAAGUUCGUAGAAUGUUCUCUAUGUCGCACAAGUCCCCUCCACCUAAGGUGCCUCAGCCUGACAGAGUGGAUGAGGUCUAUAAUGCUUUAAAAAAGGGACUCAGUGCCUACUUAGAAGUUCACCACAUCGAACAGGAUAAGCUAACAGUCCAGAUCAAAGAAUCCAAAAGGAACUCAAGACUGGGGUUUUUAUACGACUUAGACAAGCAAGUCAAGUCUAUUGAAAGGUUUAUCCGUAAAUUGGAAUUUCACACAAGUAAGAUAGAUGAGGUGUAUGAAGCAUACUGUAUCCAACGCAGAUUGAGAGAUGGUGCACACAACAUGGUGAGGGCUUAUUCAGCCUCUCCAAGUAGCAAAGAAGCCCGGGAAAGCAUGACAGAAGCCGGAAAAGGUUACAAAGAAUACACAGAGAAUAUGUGUGUUUUAGAGAAUGAACUAGAAAAUCAGCUGGGAGAGUUUCGCAUUAAAAUGAAGGGACUUGCAGGAUUUGCAAGGUUGUGUGCUGGAGACCAGUAUGAGAUUUUUAUGAAGUAUGGCCGGCAGCGCUGGAAAUUGAAGGGACGCAUUGAAGUAAAUGGAAAGCAGGUUUGGGACAGUGAGGACAUGGUAUUUCUUCCACUAAUCACAGAGUUUCUUUCUAUAAAGGUCACAGAAUUGAAGAGCCUUGCAAACCAUGUCAUUGUGGGCAGUGUUUCCUGUGAAACAAAGGAUCUCUUUGCAGCUCUUCCCCAGGUUGUAGCAGUGGAUAUUAAUGACUUGGGAACAAUCAAACUAAAUUUGGAGGUCAAUUGGAAUCCAUUUGAUAAGGAAGACCAACCAUCCGCUGCCAGCACUGUAAAUAAGACCUCUACUGUCAACAAGCGAUUCUCCACAUAUAAUCCUAGUCCUCCAGAUACCCCCUCUUUACGGGAACAAGCAUUUUAUAAUAUGCUACGACGUCAGGAAGAUUCAGAAAAUGGAGCUGCCUGGUCAAUUUCUUCAGAAUCCUCUGAUGAUUCCUCUAGCCCACAGUUAUCUAGCAGUGUCCGUCACGCUCCCAAGAACAUUGUUCAACCUGAACUGCAGACAUCUGCCCCAGAUAUAGAAAUUUCCUUUACACAAAAAGAGGAGAGUGUGGACACAGGGGCAGAUACUUCAAUCCAGGAAGUGGAAAACAAUGACAAAAUAGUUACCGAAAAUGUGGCAUCAAGAAAAGAAACUGUGGCCAAUGGCCAUGUGGUAUACUCAAGGACAUUAAGCCAUAUCAGUGAGGUAAGCUUUGAUGCUUCAGGUUCAGACUUUCAUGUCCUGGAUGAUCCUCCGAUAACACUACCAUUGAAUACUGAUGUCUCAGAAACUGUUGCUGUUCCUGUUAGUUGUGAAAAAGUGGACAAUUUGCAAAUCACUGUACUAUCUGCCUGUUCUCAGGAAGACAAAAAUGAAAUACUACACAUAACGCCAGAAGCAGGUCUACAGCAGGAGAUCAUUGAUUCAGGUCAAUCAUUAAAUACACAGACGCCAGUACAAGAGGGAGUGCUUUGUGAGGAGGAGCUGGAGCUUGUGUUGGAAGAACUUGUUGAGAUUGAACCACAACAGCCUGUAAUUCAUUGUUCUCCCAUUAAUGCACCAUGUUUGGACACUGUUCCCGAAGAGCGGGACAGUCCCAUCUGUGAAGUAGUAACCUCUGAUUCCACAAAAAUAAAGAUUGUUGACUCUGGUCUGGGUGAGGCCAUUAAUUCCUUGAGUUCAUCACUGGACGACUACCGGGGUCAAUUCCCUGAACUGCAGUCGCUUGAAAAUAAAAUCAAAGAUCUAGAAGAGGUUCUCAUGCAGAAGCAAGGAGUGUUCAGAAGCAGAGCAUCCAGCAUAAGCCUCACGGUGGAGAAUGCCCUUGAGAGCUUUGACUUCUUAAAUACUACUUCUGACAUGGAGGAUUCAGAAUGUUCAGAGGAGGAAGGGGGUAAAAGUGAAAGGAUCGAGAGCAGUGAAGUUCCCCCUGUAAUGACGCCAGAACAAAAAACAAACAAAUUGGAGGAUGUGGUGUGCUGUUCCUCUGAAAGACUUUCAAAUCCUUUGACCACUGGUAGUGAACAGCUGGAUAGGGCCUUGGUUAUACACCUACACAACUGCAAUAGGCUGCUACUGCAUUUAGGCACAUUCGGACCCCUUCGAUGUCGUGAAUUAUAUGCACUUGAUAAGUUGAUGGGGGAAGUCCAGAUCUUAGAUAUGGUCUGUACACUCACUGAGAAAAAAUCAGGAAGAACGCAUUCUGCUGUAGACGUUUUGAAGUUUUCAACACCUAAGGAAGGAAUUCUGGGGUUUUGGAAUGAAUGUGUACAGGCUUCAGAUGUGUUUGUGUGCUCUGUGGAGACAGUUCUGCAAGCCUUAAGCACGCAAUAUACUGAACAAAUAAACUCGCAACAACAGGGGCUUUCUGAUACAGUCUUUUUAAGGCUUGUUGAGGACAUUUUGGAUCAGAAGUUGCCCAAAAGAUCCAGGACUACCUACAGUGAACAGUUAACAAUCUUUCAGUAUUGGAGAUACUUUGAGUCUAACACUGUCACUAAUUUGGAGGCCCUUAUUUCUGAUUUGUCCAAAGAAGUAUUGUUUGUGCAGAAAUUGAAUUCGGAUGAUCAGAAUGUUGUUAUUAAAGCUUUGAAGAGAGUAUCUGAGAGCAGCAUACAGAAGGAAGGUUUUAAAACUCUGAGCCUUUUACUUACUAAUGGAAACAGCAGAGUCAUUGCAGCUACAUCUUCAUUGCUCAGAAGCUUCUCUGAACAGCAACAAUUUAGGGAAAGGGCUCUUGUGUCUUACUUGGAGCAGCUGGAAGAUGAAGAUGUAAAUGUGCGUGUUGCUGGGUGUGCUGCCCUGGGAUGUUUAAAGGCCAAAGAAAGCAUAGAACAACUUGUUUACUUGUGCCAAACAGACAAGGAGGAAGUAAAAGUGGCUGCCAAACACAGUCUGAUACUUUUUGGAGAAGAUGGUAAAACUGCUUGCCGGCAUUUGGAGGAAACUCUAGGAAAUCUGCCUCGACUUUUUUCACCUGGAGCAAUGGCAAGCACAGCAUUCUAAGCCAGGCCCUACAUUUGGGAUAUUCUGUAGACCCUACUAGAAGAAAAAAAAGGCACAUGAAAGGAAUUUCUCAAGAUGUGAGAAGGUGUACAUGACAGUAUUACUAAGUUUUUUUUUUUUUUUUCUACUGUGGACAGCUGUGUGGUAGAUGCUGAUGGAAAGCUUUAUUAAAAUGACCUACCUCGGACAAUUCCAAUGUUUUAUGAAGCUUAAGAGCAAGAGAACAAAGCAAGAUGUGUAAUGAGCAUCAACUACUACUUAAUGUUCCAAUAUACAACCCAUGUGUUCCUUUGUGUGGAAUAAUGCAAUAUGCAAUCAGAGAGCUUGCAACAUGGAAAGGCGCCUGCUCAGUGAUGUUUAAAUGUAGAUUUUAUUAAUGUAUAUGGCAUAAAACUUCAGUCUCAUUCUGUAAAGAUCUGCCAUGCAUGCAUGCACGCAUUGCAGUACACAUGUAAGUAUAUUAGCCUGCAGUAUAAGUGGCCACUAUUAUUUUUGUAAGGAAUGCCACCAGCCCAUGUGCAGUGGUUCUUUAAACUGAAUUCUAUAUUUUUGUUUUUAAUAGGCAAUACCACGAGGAAAAUGGAUUGACAGAAAUCUCCUUUCCAGUGAUAUUCAGACUUUAUUUAUAUCGAUAAAUUUGUCUUAUGAUUUUUUUUUUUAUAAUACUACCAGUCUUUAUCACAGUUAUAAAAUGACAGUGCCAUGUUUUUGUCUAACAUUCUGCUUUAGAUUUAUAAAUGGGAUAUCAAUCUGCUGACACUCUUGAUUAGAAUAUAUAUAGAAUAUUUUUUUAUUCUUUAAUUCGCCCCUUUUAAAUAAGUUAAAAAAAAAAAAUUGGUAAAGUGUCAUUGACAUUUAAAACAACCUUUGACAUGCCCAGACCAUUGUACGCUACAGGCCUGUGAAAUUAUAAGCGCCACACGCCGGCCAGAAGGUGCACCCUUUUAUGCUGCUCCGACUAUUGGAGAGAAAAGGUCUGGGUUGAUUGACAGCCUGGAAAUGAGACACGCGCUACUGUGCACUCCACUCAGCUGUAACUCAUAUUCACUGCCAUCUCAACUUUAUUUUAAAGUUGUUUUAAAUGACAGUAACACUUUAAGUCUAAAAGCAAAAGUGCUGGUAAGGCUGCCAUGCUAUCAGAAAUAAUAAAGCUAAAGCCUUCCAAAUGGUGUUUAAUAGUUAAAUGAAUGGGCACAACCAUCCCUCUGAAUACUCCUAAUGACUUACAUUGCACAGUAUAUCAUUUUCCACACAUUAAGAGUGUUUUUGUAUGUUGUUUGCUUUUUAAGCAAAGUAAAUACAGUGUGUCACUUUUAAAUUUUUAAUCCAAACCUAAAAGGAAAUCCUUACAUAGUUUUCUUAUUGGACAAUUCUGCGUAUUUAAUAAAAAAAACAUAUGUAUAUAUGAAGAUGUGUCUUGGGUGCAGCAAAAUAAUGUAUUUUUCAUGUUUAAAUUAGUAUUUUAACUUAUCUUUUCUCCUAGGCUUUGCCUAACAGUUGAAUAAACCUAAAAUGCCUAGAAAAGCUUACAGGCCUGGCCCUCAUGGCGCAUGUUGUGCUGUGUUGUACCUCAGAGGUGCCAUCUUCUUGUAAAUUAUUCUAUUCAGACACAAUGCUAAGACUUGGAAUGCACAAGAAGGAGACAUGCACAGAAAAUAUGGAAAAGGUCUAUGCAU